AACUUGCUGUGGUGGCUGGAACCAGCCCAUGGGGCAGCCCCAGGCUCUGCCGACACGAGCUCCUAAGCUGGAGCCUACAGGUGAUGGGGGAGACCUGGGGGAAAGGGCUGGAGCCGGGCAGGAAAGUGGCUCUGCUCAAAGGGCCCCUUUCAGGGACCUGCUGGUGAGUUUGACCUACGUGGGGAGGGGGCUCCCUGUGUGUCUGUGAGUCCCAGAGCUGCUGCCCUCAUGGAUACACCCAGGUUCAAACCUCUGUUAGCAGUGGCUGAUCUGCCUAAUGAGACCAAAGCCCACAACAAUGGAGCAGUCGCCAUUUCUCCUAAGGCGAGGGACAAUGAUAAAAAAGAAGAGAGGAGAGACUGGAAGGGGCACCAGGAAAAACAAAUGGGGAGGGAGGUUCCCAGCUCCCAGACCUGCCCAGAUCCAUUCCCUGCACCCUCCUGGGCAGAUUGACUCUCCUGGGAACAAGGGGAGGAGCUGAGAGAGGGAAAACCAGUUGCUGACUCUGCUGAACACGGCACUACUUGGGAGGGAAAGGGGAGAGUUAGAGGGAGUGACACAACAAUGUCAGGGGGAAUCCCCCAAAGUGGCUCCUUUGAUUCUGCUCUUUUUCCGGCAUUCAGCUCAGAGAUGCUGUUACGGGGAGAGUUUAAAAGUGCCCCAGUGGGUUUAGUUCUUCUGGGAGGGGCCUGGCCUGGAUGGUAAUGAACUAAUUGGAUUUCUUCCCAGCAUGGCAGAGUCCAGAGCAUCUGUCUGCAGGGAGAGAGCCUGGGGGGAAUCAGGGUGUGACAUGGACUCAAGCCCCUUCUGAAACCUUCCCAAUAGACCCUCUGGCCCUGACAGAUUUCACUCGAGAUCAUCCCGUCUUCCAGGAGACAGGGAAGGGAAAUGGCUGUGAUGGAGCCAGCUCAGAUGCCGGUGACCUUUGAGGAGGUGGCUGUGUAUUUCACCCAAGGGCAGGGAGCUCUGCUGGACCCCAAUCAGAGAGCUCUGUACAGGGACGUCAUGCAGGAAAAUUAUGAGUUGGUGACCUCGCUGGGAUUUCCCAUUCCCAAACCUGAUCUGAUCUCCCACCUGGAACGAGGGGAAGAGCUGUGGGUGCCCGAUCUCCAGGCCUCCGAGGAAAGAGAGAUCCCAAGAGGCCCCCACACAGCAGGUGAUGAGAGAGUGAAUGAGAAGGAGGAGGGGAAUCAUCAUGAGGAAGUUCCUGGGGAAGUGGAACCACAGGGGACCUUUGUGGGAAGAGCAGAAGGGAGUUUAUCCCAGUCCUUGAAAGAGGGAGAAGCCUGGGGAAAUUGGCACAGGUCAGAGAGGCAGCUGGAAAACCACCCAAGGAAGAAAGUGGAUGAAUCUAUUAAAUGUGGGGGAGUAUACAAGGAUACCACAGCCCAGCAGACAAAUCCGAAGGAAGAGAAACCCUAUCAGUGCCUCGAAUGUGGGAAAGGAUUCAUUCUGAGAUCACACCGUGUGACACAACAGACAAUCCAUACUGGAAAGAAACCCCUUCAAUGCUUGGACCGUGGGGAAAGCUUCAAUAACCUCUCACUUCUUAAUAACCAUGGGAGGAGCCACAUGGGAGAGAAACCCUAUCAAUACCUUGAGUGCGGAAACUGUUUAAAUUGGAAGUCAGCAUUAAUUACACAUCAGAUAAGCCCAACACGAGAGAGACCCCAUAAGUGCUUAGACUGUGGAAAAUGUUUCAUAUGGAGGUCACACCUUGUUAAACAUCGGGCAUUCCACAUAGGAGAGAGACACCACAAGUGCUUGGACUGUGGGAAAAGUUUCAUACAGAGGUCAGACCUUAUUAAACAUCAGGCAAUCCACACGGGAGAGAGACCCCAUAAGUGUUUGGACUGUGGGAAAAGUUUCAGGAACAGAUCAGCCCUUUCUAAACAUGAAGCAAUCCACACAGGAGAGAGACCCCAUAAGUGCUUGGAUUGUGGGAAAAGUUUCAUACAGAGGUCAGACCUUAUUAAACAUCAGGUAAUCCACACAGGAGAGAGACCCCAUAAGUGCUUAAACUGUGGGAAAAAUUUCAUGAGGAGGUCAGACCUUCUUAAACAUCAGGCAAUCCACACAGGAGAGAGACCCCAUAAGUGCUUGGACUGCGAAAAAAGUUUCCUAUGGAGGUCAGACCUUGUUAAACAUCAGGCAAUCCACACUGGAGAGAGACCCCAUAAGUGCUUGGACUGUGGGAAAAGUUUCAUACGGAGGUCAGAUCUUGUUAAACAUCAGGCAAUACACACAGGAGAGAGACCCCACAAAUGCUUGGACUGUGGGAAAAGUUUCAUACAGAGGUCAGACCUUGUUAAUCAUCAGGCAAUCCACACAGGAGAGAGACCCCAUAAAUGCUUGGACUGUGGGAAAAGUUUCAGAAACAGAUCAGCCCUUUUUAAACAUCAGGCAAUCCAUACAGGACGGAGACCCCAUAAGUGCUUGGACUGUGGAAAAAGUUUCAUACAGAAGUCAGACCUUGUUAAACAUCAGGCAAUCCAUGCAGGACAGAGAUCCCACAAGUGCUUGGACUGUGGGAAAAGUUUCAUACAGAGGUCAGACCUUGUUAAACAUCAGCUAAUCCACACAGGAGAGAGACCACAUAAGUGCUUGGACUGUGGAAAAAAUUUCAUACGGAGGUCAGACCUUGUUAAACAUCAGGCAAUCCACACAGGAGAGAGACCCCACAAGUGUUUGGACUGUGGGAAAUGUUUCAUUCAGAGGUCAAACCUUGUUAAACAUCAAGCAAUCCACUCAGGAGAGAGACCCCACAAGUGCUUGGACUGUGGGAAAAGUUUCACACAGAGAUCACACCUCAUUAAACAUGGGAGAAUCCACACAGCAGAGAGACCCCAUAAAUGCUUGGACUGUGGGAAAAGUUUCAGAAACAGAUCAGCCAGUGUUAAACAUCAGGCAAUCCACACAGGAGAGAGACCCCACAAGUGCUUGGACUGCGGGAAAAGUUUCAUACAGAGGUCAGACCUUGUUAAACAUCAGGCAAUCCACACAGGAGAGAGACCACAUAAGUGCUUUGACUGUGGGAAAAGUUUCAGAAACAGAUCAGCCCUUUUUAAACAUCAGGCAAUCCACACAGGAGAGAGACCUCAUAAGUGCUUGGACUGUGGGAAAAGUUUCAUACAGAGGUCAGACCUUAUUAAACAUCAGGCAGUUCACACAGGAGAGAGACCUCAUAAGUGCCUAGACUGUGGAAAAAAUUUCAUGAGGAGGUCAGACCUUGUUAAACAUCAGGCAAUCCACACUGGAGAGAGACCCCAUAAGUGCUUGGACUGUGAAAAAAGUUUUCUACGGAGGUCAGACCUUAUUAAACAUCAGGCAAUCCACACAGGAGAGAGACCCCAUAAAUGCCUGGACUGUGGGAAAAGUUUCAGAAACAGAUCAGCCCUUUUUAAACAUCAGGCAGUCCACACAGCAGGGAGACCCCAUAAGUGCUUGAACUGUGGGAAAAGUUUCAUACAGAGGUCAGACCUUGUUAAACAUCAGCUAAUCCACACAGGAGAGAGACCACAUAAGUGCUUGGACUGUGGAAAAAAUUUCAUACGGAGGUCAGACCUUGUUAAACAUCAGGCAAUCCACACAGGAGAGAGACCCCACAAGUGUUUGGACUGUGGGAAAUGUUUCAUUCAGAGGUCAAACCUUGUUAAACAUCAAGCAAUCCACUCAGGAGAGAGACCCCACAAGUGCUUGGACUGUGGGAAAAGUUUCACACAGAGAUCACACCUCAUUAAACAUGGGAGAAUCCACACAGGAUCUAAACUUCUGAGCCCGGAGGAGCUGCCUAGCCUGCCCCUCGCCAGUUACCCACAGGAGCUGCCAAGCCUACUCCUCGCCAUUUUCCCUGAAGAUCCCAUGGUGCUGGACCCCCCCCCGGAGGACACCAUCCAGAACCAGGAAGUACCGAGGCGGCGUGGUCCCCCGCCUCCCCGGAGAGGGAUGGGCCCUGGCCAAACCCCUCCACACGUGGUGGAGAAUGUGGGCAGUGAUCCCCCGAUCCUGGUGAGAAGGGAUUGGAGGAGGAACGUGCCUGGGAUGACCACGGAUAUGGACAAGCUCAUUAAGUUCCUGGCCGUGAGCCAGCAGCAGGCAGCCCAUCUCCAGCAGCUGGUGCAGCAGUUAGGGGUGCAGCAGCAACAGCUGAUUUUGGAGCUGGGGUGCCAGAACCGGGACCACCAGCAGCAAUGCCUGCAGCAGCUGGUGACUCCGCUCCCCCAUCCUGCGAAACCCCAGCCGGGAGAUGCCGCUGGGACGUCCAGCAUAGCCCCGCCAAUCUGGGUGACCGAGAUGGGCCCCAACAAUAACCCCGAGGCCUUCCUUGUGACCUUUGAGAGGGUGGCUGGCCUGGAGAUCCGGGACCCACGGCUCUUCCCCUCGUUCCAGCCGGGCGAUCAGGUCCGGUUUGGGACUGGAGAAUCCUGUGCAGGGGGUGAAAUCAGGCAAGGCCCGGCAGCAGGAAGUGACUCGCAGCCGCUGCGGGGACUCUGGCUCCUGGCGAGAUCCCCGCGCCCCGGCGGCUGGUGCUGGGAGCCCGGAGAGGGGAACUCUCCAGCCGGGCCCUGCCCGCUGCUCCCCGGGAGCCUCUCCCAGGGCAGAGCCCCCAGCCCGGCCAGGGACCCCUGCCCCGGGGGGCCCCGCUCGGAGGGAAGGCUGAGGAAUCACGACGUCCACGUUUUGCUCCAGAUCAUCCCAUCUUCCAGGAGACAGGGAAGGGAAAUGGCUGUGAUGGAACGAGCUCAGAUGCCAGUGACCUUUGAAGAGGUGGCUGUGUAUUUCACCCAGGGGCAGGGGGCGCUGCUGGACCCCACUCAGAGAGCCCUCUACAGGGAUGUCAUGCAGGAGAACUAUGAGAUGGUGACCUCGCUGGGAUUCCCCAUUCCCAAACCUGAUGUGAUCAACCGUCUGGAACGAGGGGAAGAGCCAUGGGUCCCUGAUCUCCAGGCCGGUGAGGAAGGGGAGAGCCUGAGAGGCACCUGCACAGAAGGUGAUAGGACAGUGAGUGGGAACAAGGAAGAGAAUCAGCAGCAGGAAGGUCCUCGGAAAGUGGAACCGCAGGAGAUAGUUUUGAGAAGAGCUGAAGGGAAUUUUUCCCAGUGCUUGGAACAGGGAGAAGCCUGGGGAGAUCAACACAGAUCAGUGAUGCAGCUGAGAAACUAUCCCAGGAAGAAACUAAAUAAAUCCAUUGAACGUGGCGGAGGAUGCAAGGAUCUCAAGGAAACCACAGUCCAGCAGACAAGUCACAAUGAAGAGAAAUCCUACAAAUGCCUUGACUGUGGGAAAAGAUUCCAUUUCAGUGAAAACUUUCUUAAACAUGGGAGAACUCACACAGGAGAGAAGCCCUAUAAAUGCCUGGAAUGUGGGAAAAGCUUCAGCGAGAAGUCAAACUUUAUCAUACACCAGAGAUUGCACACAGGAGAGAGACCCUAUAAAUACCUGGAGUUCGGGAGAAGUUUUAGUCAGAGGUCACUCCUUCUUCCACAUCAGAGACUGCAUACAGGAGAGAAACCCUAUAGGUGCCUUGAGUGUGGGAAAAGUUUCAGUUUGAAAUCAACCCUUAAUAGACAUCACAAAACACACACGGGAGAGAAACCACAUAAAUGCUUGGACUGUGGGAAAACUUUCAGUCAGCGCUCAAACCUUAUUAAACAUAGGGGAAUCCACACAGCAGAAAGACCGUAUAAAUGCUUGGAUUGUGGGAAAACUUUCGGUCAAAGCUCGUACCUUAUUAAACAUAGGAGAAUCCACACAGGUGAGAGACCGUAUAAAUGCCUUGAGUGUGGGAAAAAUUUCAUUCGUCACUCACACCUCACUAAACAUAGGAGAAUCCACACAGGUGACAAACCCUAUGAAUGCAUCCACUGUGGGAAAAGUUUCAUUGAGAGAACAAAACUUACAAGACAUCAGGCAAUCCACACAGGAGAGAGACCCCAUAAAUGCUUGGACUGUGGGAAAACUUUCAGUCAGAAGUCACAACUUAUUAUACACCAGAGACUGCACACAGGAGAGAGACCUUAUAAAUGCCUUGAGUGUGGGAAAAGUUUUAGUCAGAGCUCAAAUCUUAUUACACAUCAGCGAACUCACACAGGAGAGAGACCUAAUCUAUGCCUUGAGUGUGGGAAAAGUUUUAAGCACAGUUCAUCACUAAUUAAUCACAGGAGAAUCCACACAGGAGAGAGACCCUAUAAAUGCAUUGAGUGUGGGAAAGGUUUUAUAGAAAGUUCAUCCCUUACUAAACAUGGGAGAAUCCACACAGGAGAAAGACCCCAUAAAUGCCUCGAGUGUGGGAAAGGUUUUAUAGAAAGUUCAUCCCUUACUAAACAUGGGAGAAUCCACACAGGAGAAAGACCUUAUAAAUGCCUUGAGUGUGGGAAAAGUUUCAGUUUGAAAUCAACCCUUAAUUCACAUCAGAAAACCCACACAGAAGAGAAACCCCAUAAAUGCCUGGACUGUGGGAAAACUUUUGCUAGGCACUCAUCCCUUAUUAAACAUGGAAGAAUCCACAUGGGAGAGAGACCUUAUAAAUGCUUUUACUGUGAGGAAAGCUUCAGUAAGAGCUCAGAGCUUACCAAACAUCAGAGAAUCCACAAGGGUGAGAGACCCUAGAAACAGCUUGACCGCAGGAAAAGAUUCAAUUUGACUUCACACGUCGGUGACCCACAGAAUAGAAUGUGGGGGAAGCUGCAUUUGGUGGUCCUGGAGUAUCAGGCACCUGCAAAUCUGCACAGUGAAGAAUCCUCUGAGAUAUUCUCAGUGUGGAAAAUGCUCCAAGUGGAGCUAACACCAUGUUGGACAUCAGAGACCCCUCCACACAGCAGGGAAAUUCUCUGAGUGCCCUGAUUAGGGCCGGCCAUGGUGAGAAACCCAUUUCCUCGUUCCCUCACACAUCGGGGGCAUUUGGCUCCCAGGGAUCCGUCUGUCCAUUGCUGGGGCGAGGAUCCAGCAGCCGAGCAGCAGCUGGUCAGUGACAGACUCCCCAGGCAGAGGAGGAGAAGCCCCGAUCAGCCCCUCCUCCCUGCUACAGCCCUGGCUGCCGAGCUGAUGGGCCACAGGUGGGGGAUGGGAGAGAGAGAAACUCCUCCAGACGCUCCCUCUGCCUGGCUGAAGUUCCCCCCUCUCCCUUCCCCUCCCAGACGGGGUUCCCCUGCCAUGAGGAUGAGGAGAGGGACACUCUGGCCAGGCCCCACCUUCACUCUACAUACCUGUCCCCAUCCCCCAUCUUCCACCAGCCCCUGGGCUGGGCUCCCCCACUUACCUGGGGCUGUUCCCUGCAGGGGGAGUGUCCCUGGGGCUGGUUACUCCUCCCCUCCCUGAAUCCCCCAGGGUCCUGGGCUCUGGGGGCUCAAAUAUUGAGGGACUAGGCUGAUGGAUUCUGGGGAGGAAACUGGGGAUUGAACGGUUGGGGCUGGUGUAGCUAGGAAGCAGGGGGAGCUGGGUGCUGGGCUAUCGAGUGUUUGGGGAUCAUGGGAUAAGAGGCGAGGGAGAGCACAGGGGUAGCAAGGUGCUUCCUCUCCUCACUCACCCCCUCUGCCCCUUCUCCCUGCCCCCACUGCAUUCAGACAGCACCACUGGGAGGGGCUGAUCCCCACAGGGCCUUUUGUGGGAGGCCUGGAGAUCCCACCUCUGACUCCGCAGCAUCAGCCUCUGAGCAUCUGUCUGUGGUAGGAAUCAUGGUCAGGAUUAGCCAGUGCAUUUUUGUGACCCUGCACUGGAUUUCGUAGUGUAAACUCACCCUGAGCAUUUUAUGUGUAAGACUAAUGUUUUGUCAGGGAUAUUUUUAAUAAAAGUCACGGACAGGUGACCUGUCCGUGACUUUUACUAAUAAUAUCCAUGACAAUAUGGGGAGGGAGAAGGCUCCAUCACCCAUGCUGCUGGGGCUCUGGGGUCUUAUGGUGGCUGGGCAGCUGCGGGGGCUCUGUCUGGGAGUUCCCCCCACCAUUCUUGGCUCGGAGCUCCUGGGCCUCCCGCCACCUGUGGCAGCUGGGAGCUGUGGGGAGCCCCAGCCGCCCAUGGUGACUCAGGGCCAUGGGAGCUACCCAUGGCGGCCGGGAGCAGCUCUUGGCUGCCACAGGUGGCAGGGGGACCCCGAAGCUCCGAGCCACCAUGGGCUGAAGUCACAGAGGUCUCUGGAAGUCGCAGAUUCCAUGACUUCCACAAAUCCAUAACAAAAUCAUAUCCUUACUUAUGUGUUCUGACCCCCUCCCAUUCGCAGAGUGAUCAUUAGUCCCUGAGUUCCCCCUUUGGGGCUGGAUUUUCUCAUUCCCAGAUAGUCAGUCUCACAUUACUCCAGGCCCUGCUGAAAAGCAUUAAAGUGUUUGUACAUUUUCUCCCUUAUGCACCAGAAUUAACUAGAUGCUAAAAAAAGUAGGGAGCAGAGACAGUAAAAUGUGGUGUUUUAGCUUCUGUGCUAUUUUAGGGCAAUGGGGUGAAUCUGAGGGAUUCCCUCUUUCCCCCAGCACCGUCACUCUCCACACUCAACACAGCAGCUUCUGUCCCAGCAAUGGAGAGUUUUAUCCUGUCCCCGUUCUACCCCUGCACCUCCCAAGGUGUCACUUUCCGCCGUGUACCUGGCUCUCCAUGCUUAGGAAUCACAGUUUUGAUGUCUAUGAUCUUAAGUCAGACUCUGGAGGGCUUGAGAAGGAAGUGUCACAGACCUGGGAGCGGGCGGGGAAAUCCCAAUGAACCUCAAAGCACAGUUUGACUUGUAGCCCUGUUUCCAUCUAUUGGUAAAAUUGCUUUCAGUUUUUGUUUAGGUUAGUCCAGAUCAUUUGUAGAUGGGAAGGUUUUUUGUCUUUCUUGCUCAUACUUUAAUUAUAUUGAUGCUCAAACUUUUGCAACUAAUACAACCAAAUAAUGAGGCGAGAAAUGAAGCCUUUUUAGCCACUUUAGAAGAAAAUAGGUACCUUUUUCCCCCCUGAUUUUGAGUCUUAAAGGAUUCACUGAGAUUUCACUUUAUGAAUGUGAAAGUGUUUUAUAGAUUGUGGGUUUUUCUCUCUUCGUGAAGGCCGUUAGGUCACAUACUUGAUAUUGGUUUAGUUUGACAGGAUGUUGCUCAGAUUUGUUGAGGACUUCAUGAGACAAAUGGUCAUUUGCCAAAAUCGUCCUUUUUUAGAUUUUAUUCUAAUCUUUAUAUAACCCUUUGUCAUGAGAUUUUUGUGUGUGGUUUGAACAACGACAGUGAUCAGUGUCUCUCAGCACAAGCACUGAUGCUGCGAGCUAGAGUCACAGUGUGAGAGGCUGAGACUGAAACGGGGAAUGAAGUUACUGCCUGAUCCCUGCAGAGCUGUGAGAUACCGUUGGGAGGGGGAGAUGUUGGGGGAACAGAGCUGGGAAACUGCUGGGUUUGCUCCUCAGAGCCAGACGGCUGAAGCUCAGAACUGUGAACUCGCUGCACCAGUGCCAGAGAAAAACUAGAAUUGGACUGUGAGUGUCGCGUGAAGCUGCCCCUGAGCUCUAAAGGGCCAUGGACAACAUCCCAAAAAGAAUGAUGGGGGAGGGGGCAGCAUCUCCCUACUGCUGAGAUGCCAAGAUUGGGUACAUGCAAGAAGGGAGCCAGGGAUGUCAACAGACCUGGGCCAGCCUUGGAGCCAGGCCGACCCCCAGCAUUGAGGCCAGAGGGAAAUGGGGAACCUGACAGCCCACCUGGUCACCGUGACACUGCAUCCCGUAUUCUUCACAGAGAUACUAUUACAGGGGUGGGCAAACUUUUUGGCCUGUGGGCCACAUAGGGGUUGCAAAACUGUAUAGAGGGCUGGGUAGGGAAGUCUGUGCCUCCUCAAACAGCCUGGCCCCUGCCCCCUAUCUGACCCCGCCCACUUCCCAACCCUUGACUGCCCCCCUCAGAACCCUCCACCCAUCCAACCCCCCCUACACCUUGUCCCCUGACUGCCCCUCCCAGGACCCCUGCCCCCCCCGGGACCCCACCCCUCUAUCCAACCUCCCCGCUCCCUAUCCACACCCCCACCCCCUGACAGGCCCUCCGCAACUCCCAUGCCUGUCCACCCCCCCUUUCCCCGUCCCCUUACAAUCCCCCCCCCCGAACCUCCACCCCAUCUAACUGCCUCCUGCUACCUAUCUCCUGAUGGACCCCCAGGACCCCCUGCCCUUUAUCCAACCCCCCAGCCCCCUUACCACGUGCCACUCAGAGCAGCAUGUCUGGCAGCCGCACCGCUCGGCUGGAGCCAGACACGCGGCGCUGCAGGAGUGUGCAGCCCCGCCACCCAGAGCGCUGCCUGCAUGGCGACAUGGCUGCGGGUGAGGGGGGACAGCAGAGAUGGGGCCGGGGGCCCAAGAGCCGGGCAGGACUGUCCCGCGGGCCGGAUGUGGCCCACAGGCCGUAGUUUGCCCACCUCUGUACUAUUAUGAUAUGGUUAUGGCAUAACUAGGAUGUAUUUUAUACAAGAUAGGACAUGUGAGAUAUCAUUGAAAAGGUUAUGAUUUACUGAAUAUGAUUAUCCUAUUUGUAUGCAUCUAUCAUUUUUAUAUCUAAAGUUAGGAAUAUUGACUGUGUAUCUGUAUUACAAAUGUGUUUACACCUGGGGAACGCCCACUAAGCAAAAGAUUGGCAGUCUAAAUGGCUGGCUGGGAAGGGCCAUUGGAGAGAACAAUAGAUCUUCAACGAAGCUAAUCUCCCACCAGGGAGCCUUCCUGAGGAAGCUACAAACCACCUCCAAGUCAUGGCUGCUGGGAUGCUACAGGGUCAUGUGACCAGAUCACCUGGUACUGGACUCCAUCUUGGAGAACCAGUGUUUUUCCACUGAAAGGCGUGGGACCAAGCUUGGCGACAAAGGGUUCCCACCAUAUGCAAAAGCUAUUUAAGGCAGGGGAGUGACAUCAUCAUGGUUCUUCCCUUAUUCUCUGCCCAAAGGAGACUCUGGGAAACACCUGAGGAACAAGCACUGAACUGGGGAGAAGUGCUGAACCCAGGCUAGAGGGGUUUCUAGCCUGUGAAAGGAAUACCUGGGAAUUUUAAGCUGCAAACAAGGGCAGCUGGCCCUCUUUAAGAAUACCUAAAACUGGCUUAAAUCAUCAUUUAGGGUGAGAAGUUGCUAUUCAUAUCCAAUUUCUUUAGUAUAUUAAACUUAGAUUGUGUUUUGUGUAUUUGCUAGGUAAUCUGCUUUGAUCUGUUUGCUAUCCCUUAUAAUCUUUUAAAAUCUAUCUUUUGUAGUUAAUAAACUUGUUUUUGCUUUAUCUAAAA